UGCAGAAGAAGCGCGCAUUCUUGGCUAAAUUCGGUGCAAACUGGUGUGGUUUCAUUAGUUUUCGUUAAAUUUGUGCAAAAUAUCCUGAAAUUAAGCUGUAAAUCAAUACAAAUUGUGCAUAUUUUGAUUCCUGUUGGUGCAAACUAUCCGUGAAGUGCAAAAAACAUGGACGGAUUCGACGAUGCCGGAAUAUUUUUCUCGGACAACUUCGGCGACGAUGGUCAGCAACAGAACUCCAAUCAGAUCAACUUGCAGCAGCUGAAGAAAAAGUACCGGGAAUUCAUCCGGACGUUCUGCGAGGCCAACUUCAGUUACAAAUAUCGUGACAACCUCAAACGGAACUAUCUGCUGGGGCGCUACUAUCUGGAGGUGGAAAUCGAGGAUCUGACCGGAUUCGACGAGACCCUGGCGGACAAGCUGUACAAGCAACCGACGGAGCACUUGCAGAUUUUCGAAGAAGCCGCUCGGGAGGUGGCCGAUGAGAUCACUUCUCCCCGGCCGGACGAUGAGGAGCAGGUGCACGACAUUCAGAUUCUGUUGACUUCCGGUGCCAAUCCGACCAACAUUCGGGAUCUGAAGUCGGAAUGUGUCUCGCGGUUGGUCAAGGUCGCAGGUAUCAUCAUUGCUGCCUCGGGGAUCAAGGCCAAAGCGACCAAUAUUUCGAUCCAGUGCCGGACCUGUAGCAAUGUGAUUCCGAACCUUCCGGUCAAUCCAGGGUUGGAGGGCUACCAGUUGCCGAGGAAGUGCACAACGGAGCAAACCGGUCGGCCAAAGUGUCCCCUGGACCCGUACUUCAUCAUGCCGGACAAAUGCAAGUGCGUCGACUUCCAGGUGCUGAAGAUGCAGGAGUUGCCAGAUUUUAUUCCCCAGGGAGAGAUUCCGCGGCAUAUGCAGCUGUUUUGCGACCGGACCUUAUGUGAAAGGGUCGUCCCAGGGAACAGAGUUCUAAUCCAUGGCAUCUUCUCGAUUCGGAAGAUUGGUAAGCCCAGCAAGCAGGAUGGUCGGGAGAAGGCCAUCGUGGGAGUUCGGGCCCCGUACAUGAGGGUGGUUGGAAUUACGGUGGACACGGAAGGUAUGGGCUCCAUUUCCCGUUUCACCAACAUUACGACUGAAGAGGAAUCCACUUUCCGGAAGCUGGCGGCCAACCCGAACGUCUACGACACCCUGUCGGAAAGUUUGGCUCCGAGCAUUUUCGGCUCGCAGGACAUCAAAAAGGCGAUCGUUUGUCUGUUGUUUGGAGGAUCGAGGAAGCGAAUGCCGGAUGGUUUGACACGUCGUGGCGACAUCAACAUUCUGCUGCUUGGAGAUCCCGGAACGGCCAAGUCUCAGCUGUUGAAGUUCGUGGAAAAAGUUGCCCCAAUUGCGGUUUACACGUCUGGUAAGGGUUCCAGUGCUGCCGGUUUGACCGCAUCGGUAAUCAGAGAUCCGGCAACCCGGAAUUUCGUCAUGGAAGGAGGCGCCAUGGUCCUGGCCGAUGGUGGUGUAGUCUGUAUUGACGAGUUCGACAAAAUGAAGGAAGACGACCGCGUUGCCAUCCACGAAGCCAUGGAACAACAGACCAUUUCCAUUGCUAAGGCCGGAAUUACAACUACACUGAACUCGCGCUGCUCGGUGCUGGCUGCCGCCAACUCGAUCUUCGGUCGCUGGGACGACACCAAGGGUGAGGAGAACAUCGAUUUCAUGCCAACCAUCCUUUCCCGUUUCGAUAUGAUCUUCAUCGUAAAGGAUGUUCACGAUCAAACUCGUGAUAUCACCCUGGCAAAGCAUGUCAUGAACAUUCACAUGAACGCCAACAAGGCAACCCUUGAAACACAGGAAGGUGAAAUCCCGCUUGCUUUGUUCAAAAAGUACAUCAACUACUGCCGGACGCACUGCGGACCCCGUCUGAACGAGGAAGCUGCCGAGAAGCUCAAAUCCCGGUAUGUCCUGAUGCGCAGCGGAGCUGGCGAACACGAACGCUUGGCGGACAAGCGUCUCUCGAUUCCGAUCACCGUCCGCCAGCUGGAAGCCAUCAUCCGUAUUUCGGAAUCCCUUGCCAAGAUGCAGCUUCAACCGUUUGCCACGGAAGCUCACGUAACCGAAGCCCUUCGUCUGUUCCAAGUCUCCACCCUGGAUGCGGCCAUGUCCGGUUCGUUGGCCGGAGCCGAGGGAUUCUCCACCGAGGAGGACACCGAAGUGCUCAACCGGAUCGAGAGGCAGCUGAAGCGUCGGUUUGCCAUCGGAUCGCAGGUGUCCGAGCAGAGCAUCAUCCAGGACUUUGCCCGGCAGAAGUACCCGGAGCGGGCCGUGCUGAAGGUGAUCCACACCAUGAUUCGACGCGGCGAGCUGCAGCACCGGAUGCAGAGGAAGAUGCUGUACCGGUUGUCUUGAGGCGCCAGCUGCGUUGGAUUUUACGUGUGUACCUUUCACUAUCUACUGUUUACUUUGUCGUUUGUGUACCGUCAGUGUACCAGUAGCCGCUCAUGACCCAAUAGCCGCUCACUGUUGCAAAAAUCAAGUUUACACGCAUAAAUACACUCUUUUCGGUGCUGAUAUUCUUGGACAAUAUAAAUUAGACGAGAGCAAAGCCAUUUUAUGCAAUAUUUACCGGAUAACAUAAAUUUUAAAAUGUAGCUAAUUUCAUGUGUUCCAAUAACCGCUCACGCAAAAAAAUACGUCAAAAUCGUAAAAUCUGCCGAUUUUAGUACACAGUUUGUUUAAUCCCUAUUAUACACUCCAACGGAACAGGAAAAAAUAAUUGUAAAAACAUAGAGUUGCAAAAAUAAUGCACUUUUCCGCAAAAGUAUAUUUAAAAGAUGGCAAAAAUUUGUUCGUGAGCGGAAUUAGGACCACUUUGGUCUCACGCCAAAUGUAAUAAAAUCAUACUUUUAUGAAAAGUUUUAUAUAAGUCUUGAUUUAUAUCUGAUUGCACUUAGAUUGAACUAACAGAAAAUGGAAAAACAUUACAAAUUGGCUUAACAGUCAUUCAACAGAUGAUGUUUUUCUGCGAAACUGGCCUUAGAUGAGCGG